AUGCCUCGGAAACCUAAGUCUAAGCGGCAACCCGCUCAGGAGUCUGUACCUGAUGACAGCGGGACUCGCUCAGAGGCUGGAGAGGAUCUCGCCGUCAACGACCCGCCACAAAUCGACCCCUACGCUGUCCUGCAUCUCUCUGAAACUGCUACUGCCGACGAAAUCAAAUCUGCUUACCGCAAACUUGCUCUCAAACACCACCCAGACAAAGCUCGACCUGAAGAGCGCGAAACUGCCCAUAAAGCCUUUCAGGAAAUCGCGUUUGCCUACGCCAUCCUCAGCGACGAGCGCCGACGGAAACGCUACGAUGCUACGGGUAACACCGCUGAGAGCACAAACAUUGACGACGAUGAUUUCAACUGGGUAGAUUUCUUUCGGGAACAGACUGAGAAUGUGGUGAGAGGUGAUAUGAUUGAACAAGUCAAGAAGGAAUAUCAGGGCAGCGAAGAAGAGAAAAAUGACGUGUUGGCUGCCUAUGAGGAGGGCGAGGGCAGCAUGGAUACAGUCUUCGAGAUGGUCAUGUGCAGUGACGUAGUAGCGGACGAGGAACGGUUCAGAAAGGUCAUUGACGAGGCUAUCGCCCAAGGCGAGGUGCAGGCAUACAUUCGUUACACCAAGGAAGACAAGAAAAGUCGGGAACGCAGGAAGGCAAAUGCAAAGAAAGAAGAAGCGGAGGCGAGAGAAUUAGCGGAGGAGCUAGGAGUCGCAGAGAAACUCUUCGGAAAGAAAGACUCUAGCAAAAAGAAGUCGAAGAACGGAGGCGACGACAAUGAUGCGCUCAUGGCCUUGAUUCAACAACGUCAACAAAACAGGGCCCAGAAUUUCUUCGACGAUCUCGAGGCAAAAUACGGAGGUGGCGCGAAGAAGGGCAAGCGCAAAGCCACGGAUGAGCCGCCAGAGGAGUUGUUUCAGAAAAGUGCAAAGAAGGGCAAGAAAGGUGUAAAGGCCUGA